GCCGACAGCUAGAGGGUGGGGUGGUGGUAGGGCGGGUACUCCUCGUCUGGCCAACCACUGGGAGCGGGGCCGAGGCCGAGACCUCGUUCCUGCUGGAGGAAGUGACGGAGGGAGCGAGGACACAAAGGGCACACGGCGCAAGCACAUCGGCUCCAUCGCCAUCAUCAGAGUUGCAAGUGGCACAGAGACUGAGGAUACGAUCGGUGUCGCUGAUGGCUGAAGCGAGCGAAACAAGCGGGCCGAACCGAGUUCGGCUCAUUGUCCGCGGCGCCUUUGCCCACAAGCUCGCCGGCGUAGUGGCCAAGAACGAUGUGCUGGUGGUCCAUCCGGUGCCCGCGGUGGCUAUUGUGCCGCUGGAAGCAGGUGGAGGUGGCCCAUCGGGAGGGCCGGGCAACCAGCACCGCAAUUUGGCGCUGUGUAUCUCGGACGAUGAGCCCGAGAAGCGGGUGCUGGACGUUGUCAUGGAUGUGUUGCUGGCAGGACGGGAGAACCUGGUGAUCAAGGUGACUCGAGGGAAGCUGAACGAGUUGGACUCGCAGGCUGCGCUGAUGCGGUCUGUCCUGGCUAACGACGAGGUUGAGACGGGCGGCGUCAGCGCGAGCGGAAAGCGCCGGCUAGCAGGCGACGGAGGAGGCACCGGGUCAGCGACCGGCGUCAAGCGCCGCAAGGUCAUGACUCGCAGCUACCGGUACACACCGCUGGUCGAGGUGGCUGUGGGGAUGGAGGCGCACGUCUACGGGGUGGUUGUUGCGCUCCGCGAGCCGCGGCAGACUCGCGGGUCAGACAUGAUGAUGAGCCUCACGCUCCGCGACGACUCGAACAGCGACGCUGAGCUCUCGUCGCUGCGGAUCAACGUGUUUGCGCCGCCGGGCGCACUGCCGCCGAUUGCCGGUGUUGGCGACGUCGUCCGCAUUCACCGACUCGACAUCCAGCUCUUCCGUGGCUUCCGGCAGGGCUGCUCACGGAAGCGGACCUCGUUUGCGGUGUUUGACAAGGCUCUAGGUACGCCCAUCGAGCCGCGCACCCAUCCGACGCUCACCAUCAAGCACACCCUCAACGAUGCCGACCGGGCGCGGGUCCGCGAGCUACGCGGCUGGUACGAAGCGCUCUGCACCGUCACAGCGCUUCCACGGGAGCUGGCUCCGCUCGCGCCGGCCAAGCACGCCGCAGGCAGCUGCCCCCGGGUCAUGCUGGGCAAUGUCAAGCCGGACGGAGGCGCGGUUUGCCUGGUCGUCCGCUUGGCGAGCGUCGAUCUGGAAGCACAGACCGGGCUCGGCUGGGACGGCUCGCCGCCGCCGGGCCAGACGCGCCUGCUCGACGCGCGCCCCCUUGGCGCUGGCUUUCUCUCGCGGUGGUCGUUUGACCCGCUGCCGGCGCAGCGGCUGAUCCUUAGUGAGCAGACGCGGCGGUGCCUGGGUGCGAUGGGUGCCGAGGCUGGCACGGACUCGUGGGUCGAGCUCCAUGAGUGCCGGCUCGGCAGCGCCGGUGAGAUGCUGGUCGAUGGACCAGCGUACUCUGUCGAGCCGUCGAGCACCGCGGCGUCGACCUCGCGCUUUCUCCUCUGCCCGGAGCCGGGCGUGUGGCAGUGCAAGGCGGCUCCGAGCGCUACCAACCGUACCCGGCCGGUAGUCUCGCUGCGAUCAGUGUUGGAGCGUGCGCGGAGUGAGCACGUCAAGGCGCGAGUUCUGGCGCGGGUUGUCGAAAUCACGCCGGGCCCGCGCCAGGUCGAGGCUGCAUGCGUCCCGCUCUGUCCGGCUUGCGGCGGUCUGGUGGAGCGCGCAAGUCCUGGCUCGAGCGGAACCUACGCCUGCGCCGCUUGCGACAUCGCUACGCUGGCCAAGCCGCAGCACACAUACAUGUUUGUGCUCCGGCUGGUCGACGCCUCGGCAGUUGCCGACGUUAUCGCCUUUGACGAUGACGCGCUCGCCCUCUUUCCUGGCCUCCCUGCCACCGACCUCACCGAGUCGAACGUGACCCGUGAUGGGGUCCGUGAACGGAUGACCGGCUUUCUCGCCGAUGGUGCCUACCUCGACCUCUGUGUCUGUUCGUACGCCGACGGCGACGGGCACAUCCGGUUCCGGAUCUUUGGCACCCAGGGCAUUGUCGGGUGA